GGUAAGACGGAGGCGAAGAACCUGUUGGUGCAAGUCUCCGUGGCUCGAAGGGCCACGCUGAAAGAUUUCAACGACGCGCAGCGAGCUUUGACGGCCGGCAUCAGGGAUGCCAAUAAAUGCACCGCUGAGGCCGUGAAGUUCUACAAGGAUCUCGAUGCACCCGCUGCCAAGAAUGACAGCGCGUUGCAACUGGUCAUUACCAGACGUGCAAUUGUGCAGAUCUUGCUGCAGGAUGGGAAGACGAUGAGCAAGGAAACCGCUGAGGACCUGUCAGCCAAGUGGUCUCGUGAUGCUUUUCUUUGCGAGACGAGCACGCCUGUGGAGUUGGUUCUUCUCGAAGAUCGAAACAACAUGGAGUUCGAGGCGGCCAGCGUGCAGCUCCUCGACGAGAUGGUCGAUGCGCAUAAAGCAUCCAUUGCGGCCGUGAAAUCGGCCGGGAAGGCGGCGUCCGACGCUGCAAAGGAGUGGGUGUCAAACAAGGGGGCACUCAAAAAAGCCCAAGAGUUGGAAGCCAGAACGGCACUCAAGGAGGAGGCGGGUAGUGUUGUUUUAAAUUUUCGGGUGCUAUGCAAGCGAGCGUGUGAGCACAUGCAGCAGUCCACGAGCCUGAGCUUGACCGAGUUGCGAGAUUUUGUUUCGAAGCUUUGUGUCGUUUGUGAUGAUACGACGGAGACGACGAAGACAAAAAGAAACCUCAGACUGGGACGUGGCGUGGCUGCAGAGCUCUCAGAGAGCGACCCGGCGGUGUUGAAGCAAAGAUUGACGGCCAUCGAGAGCCUAGAGGUGAAUGCCAUAGCGCAUGCUUUCGCAUUUGGAGUGGCCACGCUUGUCAAGACAAAAGCAGUGAUGAAGAAGAUCGCGAACCAGGCAGCCAGGCUUUACCAUUUCAACAUUGAUCUGCAUAACCUGUUCCCCGAGCCUGGGCCCAUCGGCUCCGCCGCUGUCACGGACAAGAAUGCUGCUGCUGCUGCAAACAUUUUCAAGUCUGCGAUGAUGACAUUUCAAACUACACUGGAUGCGGACUUGGAGGCCUGUGGUCCUGUGGUUACCAUCGUUGCAGUUGAAUUUUCGCAUCAGUUCCACAACUCCCUCCUACAGCAGCAAGCUUCCAUCAAGUUCGUAAUCGUAAUCCCUCAAACUGCGCGACCGGAGAAGAACCGCUUGCAACAAGUCCUUGAGGACCCACCCCUUCCGGAAAAGAUGUCAUUGACAAGCCAGAUCGACGCAGCCGAGGAAUUGUUCCGCCAGGCACUGCGGGAAAAGGGCAAGAGCGAGCUGGAGGUUGUGAAGCGGCAGUACGGCAACGGCGCGGAUGUGCUCGGGGCUGUGCAGGCGAUAUUGGGUGACGAGGCCGUGGCCAAGCUGUCCCAGGUCGUCAUUUCCGGUUGCCGCCAGAAUACCGUGUACACUGGACUGAAUGCCGGGCCGGGGCUGGCAUCGAUUCAGUUUCAACAUUCAGGAGCACGACUUAUCUCCUUCGCCGACUACAAGGAGUUGGUCGAGCUCUUCGAAACGACAGAUUACAGCGCUGUCAUGGAACGAUUCAAAAAUAUGUCCGCUGCUGAGGCUGAGCAGUUGCUGAGUCUGCGCCAGGCAGCCGUUCGAGCAGGAGACAUGGUCACUCUGCCGGACGGCUGCUUGUUCACCGAGAAAGCGCUGUCAAUCGGCGGACACUCAGUGUGCGUGAAGAUUCCGUCGUUCUAUUUGACAGUGCGUGGAUUGGAAUCGCUCCAGAAGUUGCGAGAAGUGUUUACAGAGUACCUGGGUCCGCAAUUAUCCGCAGCGGCAUCCUAG